AUGGGUGCUGCACACUUUGAUGGGUCAUAUGACUUUUUCUUGUUGAUGUCACUGUUUCUUGUUCAGGUUCUCUUCAGGUACUGUCAGGGCUAUUACUUGGUUUUAAGGGACUCCUUUUCAUUGAGGAGAAAGGUAUCUACUAGCAGUGGCGCUGGCGGCGGCAGUGUCACUGUCACCACAGCAGUAGUGGUGGGAAGCAGUACUGGAGGUGGCAGCAGCCGCAGCCGGGCCGGCGAAAGCAAGAUCAGUCGAGUGGUGGUGCCGAACGGAGCAUUGUCGGGCGAGAUAAAAUCAAGACUUCUGGACUGUGAGGAGGACAACCUAGAGCUGAAGCGGCAGCAGCUGCAGCGGGAGCUGGACCUGCUUCAGAAGGACAACCAUCCAUCAAGCAGUGGCAGUGCUGGCAGCAAAGGAGGUGCUGGAAGUGGUGGCACAACCACCGCCACUGCGGCAUUGCCGCCUCCUCCAAGUCAAACACCGGGUACCACCAAGAGUGCACACUCGGCGCAACCCAUACAGCAGGGCCAGCCAAGCGGCAGCAGUGAAUCAUCGAGCGAGUCGGACGAUUCAUCGUCUUCGGACUCUUCGAGUUCCAGUUCCGAUGAUGAAGACGACGACGAUGACAGUGAGGAUUCGUCAAGCUCCACUUCAUCGGGGGCUGCUUCGCCAUCGGCCGGUCGGGGCAGUGGGAGUGCUGCACUGCCACCGCCAGUCACAGAAGGCCAGCGACACCACCGAGGCCAUCGUGGGAAUGCGGAAGAGCGCGGUGCCACUGCACACCGCUCCGUCGAUGGCAAGAGCAGUCGUGAGCCAUCACGUACUGGAUCAUCUUCACAUGGACACGACAAGGAUGCUGGGCGCCACGGUCGUGACCGUCAUCGGGGGCAGUCAAGGGAGCCACCUGAAACAGGCAGGAUGUCGCCAAGUCGUCGAGGAGGGGCGCCUCGGGAUGGUGGCGACUAUGACAGGUACGCGGGCCGGUCACGUGGCCCCCGCACUCCCAGCCCUGGUCCACCCACGACUCUAAGCGAAGGCCGCCAGCAGCAGUGCCCAGCCUGCUGCAUGGUGUGGGACCUCAUAAUUCCAAAUGCUGUGAAAACUAGAACAUUAGUAUGA